AUGGCUUCCAUUGUGGAGAAACGGGGAGGUCAAACCAUUUACAAGUCUCCGGACCACAUUGAUAUUCCCAAAGUCGAUCUCCUCACAUUCCUCUUCGACUCCCGAAACGAAAGACUGAGCGAUGACACGGUCCUCCACGCCGACGCGGCAGACCCCUCCAGAUCAAUCACCAAGUCGCGCCUGGUGAAAGCUCUCAAACAGCUCGGCCACACCCUUCGGCACCAGUAUGGCAUCAACAAGGGCGACGUCGUGCAGGUCAUCUUCACGGGUCACUACAUGGCACCCACCGUCUUCUACGGCAUCAUGGCGGCGGGGGGUACCGUUGCGGCGUCGACGCCGUCCUCGACCCCGCCAGAGGUCGCGCGCCAGAUCAACCUCACCGAGAGCAAGAUGAUCAUCUGCAGCCCCGAUCUCAAGGCACUAGCCGCUGCUGGAGGUACAGCUGCCGGACUACCCGAUGACCGGAUCCUCUACAUUGGAGACAGCCACGAGUUCCAGCUGUUUGAGGCCAAGACGGAUAAGCGAGUGUCUCUUUCGACUCAAGAGCUCGACUGGGAAAGAGUCACUGACCAAACGAAACUCGAAAACACUGUCGGUUGCUAUAUAUACAGCAGUGGCACCACUGGUAUCCCCAAGGCCGUCACGGUGUCUCAUGCAAACAUGAUCGCGCAGACCAUGGUCAUCUCAACGCCGACCAUAGAAUAUUACAAGACGCAUCCAAAGAUGGAGUUCAUCACGCUCGCACAUUUACCAGCAGCACACAUCUCCGGUCUCCAAGCCUACAUUGUCAAUCAAACCUAUUUGGGCGGCAUCGUAUACUGGAUGAAAAAGUUCAACUUUGUGGAGUUUCUGGACUAUGCAAAAAAAUACAGAAUCACAGCCUUCUUCAGCGUUCCGCCCAUCUAUCUCAUGAUUGCGAAAUCCCCGCUCGUAAAAGACCAUUUCGACACUGUGGAAUUCGCCCUCACGGGGGCCGCUGCUCUGGGAGGCGAAACCCAAGCCGAAGCGCAGCGAAAAAUGGGCAAGGGGAAAGCGAUCCUCGGCCAGACGUGGGGUCUCAGCGAAACCACCGGCGGCUUCACGAUUCUCCCCCGGCAUCUCACAGAUGACACUGGCAGCGUCUCCAUGAUUGUAGCCAACUGCGAGGCUCGACUCGUCGAUGACGAGGGGAAGGACGUCGAGGUCGGACAGCCUGGGGAGAUGUGGUGCCGCGGGCCCAUUAUCACCAAGGGGUACUACAAGAACGACAAGGCUAAUAAGGAGGCGUUUGUCGACGGCUGGUUCUGCACGGGCGAUCGAUUGUCGUUCAAGGAUGGAAAAUUCUACUUUGUUGAUCGAAAAAAGGAACUCAUCAAGUAUAAUGGUUUCCAGGUGGCACCAGCCGAGCUCGAAUCAUUGCUGGUCACGCAUCCGAAGAUCCAAGAUGCGGCAGUCAUUGGCAUUGACGGCGAAGGCACCGAACUCCCAAGGGCCUAUGUGGUUGCCGAUAAGAGACAGAUUUCUGCGGAGGACAUUCAAAAGUGGGUGGCCCAUCAGGUGGCUAGCUAUAAGAAGCUUCGUGGAGGCGUAAUCUUCAUUGAUGCCAUCCCAAAGAGUGCCUCGGGAAAGAUUUUGCGCAAGGAUCUAAGAGCACUUGUCAACCGCGAGGCUGGUGCAAAGCUCUGA